CCUAUCUCCACCCGUCCCUCAUCACCAGACGCGGUCGUUCUCCAAGACCAUCUCCACCCACGACUUCACUUCCAACACGAAACCGGUCCAGCUCCGGCGUGCGUGCGUUUGCUUCUGCCCCAGCGUUACCUGCGUUUCUUGGAGGUUGGCUGAUUCCUUGGCGCCCGGCCAUGCAUAACGCCGGGGACAUCGUGGAGGCCGGUGGCGGCGGCCCGCACGAGAGGAUCGUGCCGCACAGCGGCCCGCUGGGGAAGCGCUCCGCCAUGCGCAAGAGCGCGCGCUUCGCCGAGUCGGUGUCCGCGCCGCUUGCCGCGCCGCACGGGGCACCGGCGCCGCGCGGGGCCAGGAGCGACCAUGACGACGACGAUGACAACGACUACGUGGAGAUCACCCUCGACGUGCGGGACGACUCGGUGGCGGUGCACAGCGUCAAGCCGGCGGCCGGCGGCGAAGACUCGGACGUCACGCUGCUGGCCAGGACGCUCGAGAAGCGCUCCGCGUCGUACGGCCACGGCGUGCUCCGGAACGCCUCCACGCGGAUCAAGCAGGUCUCGCAUGAGCUCCGCCGCCUCGCCUCCGUCAACCGGAGGGGAGCGGGGCCCAGCCGCAUCGACAAGUCCAAGUCCGCCGCUGCGCACGCGCUCAAGGGGCUCAAGUUCAUCAGCAAGACUGACGGCUCCGCCGGAUGGACAGCCGUCGAGAAGCGCUUCGACGAGCUCUCGGAGAACGGCCUCCUCAACCGCUCAAAGUUCGGCAAGUGCAUAGGGAUGAAGGAGCUCGCGUUCGCGGGCGAGCUCUUCGAUGCGCUCGCCAGGCGCCGGAACAUCACCGGUGACAGCAUCAGCAAGGCGGAGCUGCUCGAGUUCUGGGACCAAAUUUCAGACACCAGCUUCGACAGCCGCCUGCAGACCUUCUUCGACAUGGUGGACAAGGAUGCUGACGGGAGGAUCACCGAGGAAGAGGUCAAAGAGAUCAUUACGCUGAGCGCGUCGGCCAACAACCUGACAAAGGUCACGGAGCAGUCGGAGGAAUACGCCCGGCUCAUCAUGGAGGAGCUCGACCCCAACAACCUGGGCUACAUCGAGCUGUACAACCUGGAGAUGCUGCUGCUUCAGGCGCCGAGCCAGUCGAUGCGUAUCGGCACGACCAACAGCCGCAACCUGAGCCAGAUGCUGAGCCAGCACCUCCGUCCGACGCUGGAGCCGAACCCUCUCCGGCGGUGGUACCGCAGCGGGAGCUACUUCUUAGAAGACAACUGGCGGCGCUGCUGGGUGCUCCUUGUUUGGUUCUCCAUCUGCGCGGGUCUGUUCGCGUGGAAGUUCGUGCAGUACCGUCGCCGCGCCGUGUUCGAGGUGAUGGGGUACUGCGUGUGCGUGGCCAAAGGCGGGGCAGAGACUCUCAAGUUCAACAUGGCGCUGAUCCUGCUCCCAGUCUGCCGGAACACCAUCACGUGGCUCCGCAACCGCACGGCGGCGGGGCGGUUUGUGCCGUUCGACGACAACAUCAACUUCCACAAGGUAGUCGCAGUGGGGAUCUCCAUCGGCGCCGGGCUGCACAUCAUCUCCCAUCUGACGUGCGACUUCCCGCGGCUGCUGCACGCCACCGAGGAGGAGUACGAGCCGAUGAAGCAGUUCUUCGGCGAGGACAAGCCGCCCAACUACUGGUGGUUCGUCAAGGGCACCGAAGGGUGGACGGGGCUGGUGAUGCUGGUGCUCAUGGCCGUCGCCUUCACGCUGGCCACGCCGUGGUUCCGCCGCGGCAGGCUGCGCCUCCCGAAGCCGCUCCACCGGCUCACCGGGUUCAACGCCUUCUGGUACUCGCACCACCUCUUCAUCAUCGUAUACGCGCUGCUCAUCGUCCACGGACACUUCCUCUACCUCACCCACAAGUGGCAAAAGAAGUCGACGUGGAUGUACCUGGCGGUGCCGAUGGUGCUGUACGCGUGCGAGCGGCUGACCCGGGCUCUCCGUUCCAGCGUUCGGCCGGUGAAGAUUCUCAAGGUGGCGGUGUACCCCGGUAACGUGCUGUCGCUGCACUUCUCCAAGCCGCAGGGGUUCAGGUACAAGAGCGGACAGUACAUCUUCGUCAACUGCGCAGCCGUCUCGCCAUUUCAGUGGCACCCGUUCUCCAUCACGUCGGCGCCCAAGGACGACUACGUCAGCGUCCACAUCAGGACACUGGGUGACUGGACACGGGAGCUCAAGAACGUCUUCUCCAAGGUUUGCCGGCCACCGACGGAGGGGAAGAGCGGGCUGCUCCGGGCAGAGUACGACCGCGAUGGCGGCGCAAUGUCCAACCUCAGCUUCCCGCGGGUGCUGAUCGACGGGCCCUACGGCGCGCCAGCGCAGGACUACAAGCAGUACGACGUGGUGCUGCUGGUUGGGCUGGGCAUCGGCGCUACGCCCAUGAUCUCCAUCCUUAAGGACAUCAUCAACAAUAUGAAGCGACUCGACGGCGGCGACGUUGAGAUCGGCAACCCUGGGGGCGACGCUAGCGCGUCCGCGUCCUUUCGAACCACGCGCGCCUACUUCUACUGGGUCACCCGCGAGCAGGGCUCCUUCGAGUGGUUCCGCGGUGUCAUGGACGAGGUGGCGGAGACGGACAAGAAGGGCGUCAUCGAACUCCACAACUACUGCACCAGCGUCUACGAGGAGGGCGACGCCAGGUCCGCGCUCAUCGCUAUGCUACAGUCCCUCAACCACGCCAAGCAUGGCGUCGACGUCGUCUCCGGCACCCGCGUCAAGACGCAUUUCGCACGACCAAACUGGCGAAACGUCUACAAGCGCAUCGCACUCAACCACCGCGAGCAGCGCGUCGGAGUGUUCUACUGUGGUGCGCCCGUGCUGACCAAGGAGCUACGCGAGCUUGCGCAGGAUUUCUCGAGAAAGACAAGUACAAAAUUCGAGUUCCACAAGGAGAAUUUCUAAUUUUGCAGCCAACCCAGCCACAAGAAGUUUCUCUUUUUUUGCGGAAACCAAUGUUAAUUUUGUAUAGUACAUACCAAGUUCUAUACAUAUGAAAAGUAGAUGGGCUAGAUCAAAGUAGGUAUUGGCUGAUUGUGACCAGUUGGGUCAGAGUUUCAUCACUUAUUCCAACCCCCCCUUGUACAGAUAUUCUCAUCUCCGAUAUAAUCUAUGUUACUUUUGAUCAA